GACAGUGCUAUUCUGCCAGAGGUCACGAGAAGGAGGUACGGCACAUUUCUGUGUUGGUGGGGAGUGUGUGUAUUUUUAUAUACAUUUAAAGGAAAGAGAGUUUUUUUCCCCCCCUUGCCAUACUUUCCAGUUCGCGUGUCACCAUUUCCUCCAAAAACGAGCCGGACUUUUUAGCGCGAGCUUCCCGGGUGCUCCACAGCAAGCGAAUAAUUGGCGCGGUCGUGGGCAUCGUCAUGAUCGUGGCGCUGGUCAUCGCAAUUCCGCUUCUGAUCCAGACCUCCGCGGUUUCAGCGCACUACGAAAUGAUGGGCACUUGUCGGAUGAUCUGUGAUCCGUACAACCCCAAACCGAGCGCCACGGCGCUGGAGGUGAUGCAGGAUCUCAGUGCCAUCCCACCAUCUUUCGCUCAAGGGACUAGAGGCGAACCUGGCCGUCCGGGAAAACCGGGACCCAGGGGUCCACCUGGCGAACCGGGUCCACCUGGUCCAAGAGGACCACCUGGAGACUCCGGCAGACCUGGAUUUACCGGCAUCACAUCGGGAACGGCGAGGACUGAGACUGGAGACGUUGGUCCAGCGUUGGGGAACAUCAAGAUCGCGUUUUAUGUGGGUCUCAAGAACCCCCACGAAGGCUACGAGGUGCUCCGGUUUGAUGAUGUUGUGACAAAUGUGGGAAAUCACUAUGAUCCCACUACUGGCAAGUUUACCUGUCAGGUAUCGGGGAUUUACUACUUCACCUACCAUGUGCUGAUGCGCGGAGGGGACGGAACAAGCAUGUGGGCCGACCUCUGUAAAAACGGACAGGUUCGGGCGAGCGCCAUCGCGCAAGACGCCGAUCAGAACUACGACUACGCAAGCAACAGUGUCGUGCUGCACCUGGACUCUGGCGACGAGAUUUAUGUCAAACUCGACGGCGGAAAGGCGCACGGAGGAAACAACAACAAAUACAGUACAUUUUCUGGUUUCAUUCUGUAUCCAGACUGAGCUGCCACCUGCUUAGUCUCAAGCUGACUGUUAAUGAAUCUCCUCUCUCCGCGCGGCACACGCUCUCGGAACUCCAUUGUCAUUCCUGUCUGUAGUGUCGUUGGGAAUAUAAGGGUCAUCUGAACUCAGCGCCAGUGUGAGAAUAUGUUGUCUGAAUUUGUCCAUUUCUGUUUAAUGAUGUCUUGUGUUUGGCUAUUAUACCCAAUUAAAUGAAAAGUGUUAAUUACGCACAGGAUGGUGAUGAGGAUACAACAUUUAAAUGAUUAUUAGCAUAUCUGUAAUUGUUCUCCGGGUGAUUUUUACUCAAAUGAAAUUAUUUUCCCGCAUUUAUGAGCCCCUAGUGGCCCCUACUGUGAUACAGUUUCUGGUGUUAGAUAAAUUGGCUUCAUGUAGAUAUGGACAAGCAUAAUUUGGUCUAAAUCUGGACAAGAACAGUUAAGCAUUUCAGCUCCUUGGAAAACCUAAAUGGAUAGUUCACCCAAAAAUGGACAUUCUGUCAUCAUUUGCUCACUCAUGUUGUUCCAAACCUGUAUGACUUUCUUUUGUCUGUGUAACCCAAAAAGAUAUAUUUUGUCAAAUGUCCCAGCUUUUUCUUCCCAUAACGAUGAAAGUCAGUGUGGUUCAAAGUUGUUUGGACCCACAACAUUCUUCAAAAUAUCUUUACCUGUGAUCUACAAAGAAGUCAUCAGAUUUGGAAUGACCUGAGGGUGAGACAAAGGGAUCUUUUUAUAUAUAUUUGGCUGAAUUAUCCCUUUAAGCACCCAAUUUAAGCUCAACUGCAAAUGUUUUUAUUUUAAACCUAUGGCUGAGCAAUGGAGAAUUAUAGUGCAUGUUCAGUUUGUAUUUAAAUAACAUGCUUGUGUGUGUAUUUUUUUAAAUGAACUCUGGGACUUGACGUUUGACCUCACACAGUUUCUUCUGAGACCUUCAGUGAUAACACACCUAAUACAAUGAGCAUGCCAAACAUUCAACCGCAAAAGAGAGAGGGAGAUAAUUCUGAAAGAGAAAAUGAUGUCUAGUGUGAUCAACCAAAUAAAGUCCAUGUAUAAAAUUGACCAAAAUUCCAACAACUGACACUAUUCAGAAAAACAAACUGCGUUUAUCUGGUGUGCUUUUUGAUUGGUAAUUGGUGCCUGUACAUUCAGAUGUUUUACGUUCUAAUUCAAAUAGAUAGAAAGUUAAUAAACAUCC